AUGAUGAGCGGAAAAGAUGAAAUGAGGAAAAUUCCUGUACCAGCACACAGAUAUACUCCUUUAAAAGAAAACUGGAUGAAAAUAUUCACACCUAUUGUAGAACACCUGCAACUUCAAAUCAGAUUUAAUUUAAAAACAAGAAAUGUAGAAAUCAAGACUUGUAAAGAGACAAAAGAUGUAAGUGCUCUGACGAAAGCAGCUGACUUUGUGAAAGCAUUUAUUCUUGGAUUUCAAGUUGAGGUGAGCUCUGCUCUCAUCAGGUUAGAUGACCUUUUCUCAGAGUCUUUUGAAGUUACAGAUGUCAAGCCUUUGAAAGGAGAUCACCUUUCUAGAGCAAUAGGAAGAAUAGCAGGAAAAGGUGGAAAAACCAAAUUCACUAUAGAAAAUGUAACCAGGACGCGAAUAGUUCUUGCUGACUCGAAAAUUCAUAUUUUAGGAUCUUUUCAGAAUAUUAAGAUGGCACGAACAGCAAUUUGCAAUCUCAUUUUAGGAAGCCCUCCAUCAAAAGUCUAUGGAAAUAUUAGAGCUGUGGCGAGCAGAGCAGCUGAAAGAUUCUAAGACCCAGGACUCUAAUUUCGGACUCUGUAUCCAAUAUACAGAUAUUGUGGCUGGAGAUCUUAAUACACAGCUAAUGUGUAUAGAAUAACACCAGUUCUGCAUGAAGCAGGUGCUCAGCCUCCUUCAACUUGAUUGGGAAGCUUAGAAGAAAGUAGGGCUGCUUUUGCAGUCUGUUUUCAUUCAGGCAUAAUGUCUGAUCUUUUGACACAAUAUUUAAGUAAUUUAACGUAAACCCUUCUAUGUUCAUUAAAGAUUAAUGCUUUAUCACUAAUCAAAAGUACAGUUAAUUUGAUUGAAUCUUUCACUUAAAGCAAGAAUACUGAUGAACAGGACCAUUGGUUUCUGAAGAAAGUGAAUGGUUAGGAAGCAUCGUAAACUCAUGCAUUCAGAUAUCUUAAAUUGUGUUAACUUAGUUCUUGGACCAAUGGGGCAACAGUCUGACUCAUUUGAUUGUACAUCACCUUCACUGAUUUAUUUAUAAAUAAUUGCGAGAGGAGGGGGAAGCAGGGCCUGUGCAUAUCUGCUUCAGACCAAAAUCUUGUCAGGAUACUUAGUGUAGUAUACAUGAUCAGAGAACAGAACGUGAUAGAGAUCAUACUGUACAGAAAUGGCAAUAGCUCAAGUGUUUAGUGUCCCUAGUUACAUUUUGGAACAGGAAAAGUACAGUUCUCCACAGACACACCUUGCUGGAUAGUGUCAUCCACCUUGAGUCUAGUGGUUAGGCUUUCUUUGACUCAGUCUGUACUGCAGAUGUUGAUGGCCAGGGCCAUUUUCUUUCUUGUAAUGAAGAUAUUUGCUUAGAUUGAGGUGUUAGGUACUGGAGCAAAUUGAUGCAUUAAAAAGCAGUCACCAGGCCCAUAUAGUAUACAGCUGAGAUUUCUGAAGGAGCUUAGGUAUGAAAUGGCUGAGCUGUUAAUAAAAACCUUAUUUAAAGACAGCUGUUAUUCUAGAAGCAUGGAACGGAACCAUGUUGUAUCUGUAGUUAAAAAACGCUCUAUCAAUAUGUGGGAAAUCAGAGACUAGUAAGUCUUUUGUAUGUACUUGUCAUUAUUUCAAUCAAAUUUGACAAGUAAAAUACUGCUAUCUGGCAAAUAUGAUUAACCAGCGUGGUGUGUACAAAGGGAAAAAAAUAGCUUUUGAUGGGAUUCCUCAAAGAGGCUACCCACGAUAUGUUUCUCAUAAGAUGAAAGACAAAAGAGUCCCAGGGAUCAAAAACUGUUUAGAAGAUAACAAAAGUGAUCAUUUAAUCUGUUUUUAAAGUGAAAGCACAACAGGUGGGUGGCCCAAGGUUCUCAACCUACUUAUGUUCACUGUAUAAAUAAUUGCUUGGAAACAGAUAACUCAUCUAAAUUUUGCUUCCUCACUGCUUAUUUAAAUGUCAGGACCAGAAGAACUUGAGACAUUUGACCAAGUGAGGUGAAUAGGGUGACUCAGACAGCAAGUGUGAAAAAUUGGGACGGAUAGGGGGGUAAUAGGAGCCCAUAUUAAAAAAAGCCCCAAAUAUCGGGACUGUCCCUAUAAAAUCAGGACAUCUGGUCAACCUAGAGGUGAAUAUGUAAUGCUGGAUGAAGUUCAGUAUCAGGAAAUGCAAAGUAAUAUACAUUGCAGGGAAAACAAACUACUCAUGAAUCUUCCAGAAUGCUAUUAAGUGUCAAUCACUGCAGGAAAGUGGCCCAGGUAAUGUAGACAUCUUAAUAAAAACAUCAGUGGGCUGUUGCAGCCAAAGAAAAUGUGAUUUAAGGAAGAGGAUGGAAAAUACACCUGUACAGUACUGGAGACCUCCCCUGAAGGAGGAAUAUGGCAGAAUUGGGGUGUGUUUAGGGAAGAACUAAAAUAAAAGGCACAAACUCAUGAUUCAAAAGGGGAUUGUUUA